GAAACACAAAGGUUUACAACUAAUGACAGAAUUACAUGGUGUGCCAGAAAUGAACACAUAUGUCCAUGUUUUCAUUUUUUAAAUUUUUUUGUGAUGACCAAUCAAAGAAUCUGAAGGCAUGUUGCACUAUUGAUCAAAGAGUCUUAUUUUCUGCUAGUGGCCAAAGAAACUGGUUUAACUCAUUUACGAAGUGGCAUUAAAACAUUCAAAUCGUAAUAACAAUUUUUAUUUUUAAAUCCUUGUAUUUUAGGAUGAAGACUACUGGUAGAAAAGGCUACAGGAGUCUCUUCCGUAUACCGCCUAAGGGGUACAGAUAUAGACAAAAACCGGUACGUAAUUGAUACAUUCUAAUUUGUAAAAUGUGUGUGCAAGUUUUCAUUAAAAGGUCCUAAUUAUUGCUGCCUUUUAUAGUUUAGUCCAAGGAAUCGAAAACCAAUGUUAUCGGGCCCUGAAGCAGCUGUGAGUGAUGUUGGGCUGGAGAUUAUUUCCGAACCUGUCCCACCUGAGGUUUCUCCCUGUUCACCAUGCUCAGUUGCAUUGUAUCCAAUAAGACCCAUCAGCAGUGAACUCAAACCCAAACGUGUUCUUUCUGUGUGUGAUGGUUUGGGUACAGGGAGACUGUGUCUCGAAAAUCUGCGAAUCUGCAUGGCAGAAUACUUUUCUAGCGAGGUGGAUCAAAAGGCAAUUGAUCUCCUCCGGUACCACUACCAUGAUAAAAUCACCCUGCUUGGAUGUGUGAAAGGGAUCACAAAUGCAGUUUUGGAAUGUAUUGGCCCCAUUGAUCUCCUUUUAGGGGGACCACCGUGUAACGAACUGUCGAGGGCCAACCCAAAUCGCAAACACUUCGCCAAUGGAUCUUCAGCACGAUUAAUUUUUGACAUUGAGAGAAUUAUGAAGUACCUACGAGCAGCAGCUGAGAAGCACAACAGGCCUUUUUUCUGGUUUUGUGAGUCCACAGAUAACAUGGACAAUGCUGACAAGAUGACUAUCAAUACGGCCCUAGAAUGCAGCAGUGUUGUCAGGUGCUUAUCCAGGCACACUUGUAUGCCACGCAAGAGGCAGUUUUGGGGCAACAUCCCAGGUCUUAUGGACCCAUUAGAAGAGGUGGAGCCUCCCCCCCUAAACUUCAAGAUUUCCUGGUUCCUGGGCUCACAGCUGCAUCAGAUACAAUAAGAACGUUGACAACGUCAAGUGCUUCGCAACGAGUAGGUCGCGAUAAACAGCUGCCUGUAAUUUUGCCUGAUGGCACCAGAAGGAACCUCAGUGUCACAGAGGAAGAGCUUAUUUUUGGUUUUCCUCGCCAUUAUACAGAUAAUGGAAUUCUGUCCGUAACUAAUAGAAAAAACUGUUAGGAAAAGCUUGGGUCGUAAAAGUGGUAGAAGAAAUAUUAAGUCCCUUAAAAGCCUACUUCCUUACUGACCUUUCAUAAGUUUUUAA